UGAGGGGCGGGGCGAGUUCUGCGCCGGAAUUGGCUCGCAGAUAGUAAAUAAGCCCCAAAAGACGAGAAAGACGCUGUCUCCAUCUUGUUGGGGCCCGCUUCUCUUACGACAUUGUGAAGAUGGGGAGUGUCCUGGGGCUGUGCUCCAUGGCGAGUUGGAUACCAUGUCUGUGUGGCAGUGCCCCAUGUUUGCUGUGCCGAUGCUGUCCUAGUGGAAACAACUCCACUGUAACUAGAUUGAUCUAUGCACUUUUCUUGCUGGUUGGAGUAUGUGUGGCUUGUGUAAUGUUGAUACCAGGAAUGGAAGAACAACUGAAUAAGAUCCCUGGAUUUUGUGAGAACGAGAAAGGUGUUGUUCCUUGUAGUAUUCUGGUUGGCUAUAAAGCUGUAUACCGUUUGUGUUUUGGCUUGGCUAUGUUCCAUCUUCUCCUUUCUUUACUUAUGAUCAAAGUGAAGAGCAGCAGUGAUCCUAGAGCUGCAGUGCAUAAUGGAUUCUGGUUCUUUAAAUUUGCUGCAGCAAUAGCAAUUAUUAUUGGGGCAUUUUUUAUUCCAGAAGGAACUUUCACAACUGUGUGGUUUUAUGUAGGCAUGGCAGGUGCCUUUUGCUUCAUCCUCAUACAGCUAGUCUUACUCAUUGAUUUUGCCCAUUCAUGGAAUGAAUCCUGGGUUGAAAAAAUGGAAGAAGGGAACUCAAGAUGUUGGUAUGCAGCUUUAUUAUCAGCUACGGCUCUGAAUUACCUGCUGUCUUUAGUUGCUAUAGUCCUGUUCUUUGUCUACUACACUCAUCCAGAUGGCUGUUCAGAGAAUAAGGCGUUCAUCAGUGUAAACAUGCUGCUCUGCAUUGGGGCUUCUGUAAUGUCUAUCCUGCCCAAAAUCCAGGAAUCACAACCAAGAUCUGGUUUGUUACAGUCUUCAGUAAUUACAGUCUACACAAUGUAUUUGACCUGGUCUGCUAUGACCAACGAACCAGAAACAAACUGCAACCCAAGUCUCCUAAGUAUAAUUGGCUACAAUACAACAAGCACUGUCCCAAAGGACGGGCAGUCUGUGCAGUGGUGGCAUGCUCAAGGAAUUAUAGGACUCAUCCUCUUUUUAUUGUGUGUGUUUUAUUCAAGCAUCCGUACUUCAAACAAUAGUCAAGUUAAUAAAUUGACUCUAACAAGUGAUGAAUCGACAUUGAUAGAAGAUGGUGGAGCCAGAAGUGAUGGAUCACUGGAGGAUGGAGAUGAUGUUCACCGAGCUGUAGAUAAUGAAAGGGAUGGUGUCACUUACAGUUACUCCUUCUUUCACUUCAUGCUUUUCCUGGCUUCACUUUAUAUCAUGAUGACCCUUACCAACUGGUACAGGUAUGAGCCUUCUCGUGAGAUGAGAAGUCAGUGGACGGCUGUCUGGGUGAAAAUCUCUUCCAGUUGGAUUGGCAUCGUGCUUUAUGUUUGGACACUGGUGGCACCACUUGUUCUUACAAAUCGUGAUUUUGACUGAAUGGGACUUCUGGCAUGAAAGUCCCACUUUACUCAUUGCUUAUUUGAAAUUAAGAGUAUUCCCAACUUUUGUAAAGUUUGUGUGUGUAUGUGUGUGCGCUUCCCAUGUUAUUUCUCCAGUGUUGGUCUGGCAUGAAUUACAUUACUGCUUGCCUUUUUAUUCAUUGUUUUCUUGCCAAGCCCACUGGUAAGUAUAUUUGAAUGAAUUGCAGGGAAGAAUUUUAUGCUUAUGGUUGUGAGUUAGGAAAAGUGUACAUUCUUAGGUUUAUCCUGGUGUGUACCUGUGAAAUUAGACUAAAAGCAAAACUGUUUGCUUGAUAGGUUGAUUUUAAAACUAUGUAAGAACUGAAGCUAUUUUAGAAAGUAUCAGUGCAAAUGUAUGAGUGAGUGAUUGAUUACCUUUUCAAAUUUUGAUGCCUUGCCUUAUAGGAGACUGCAAAUAAUUUGGCUAUUCUAAAAUUGUAUAACCAUGUCACUUAAAUGCAAACUCUGAAAAUUCUUGUCAGGUUUUCCCCUUCAUAUAAGGGUAAGGAACUUACACAGGCAGGGAAUGUUUGAUGGACAACAGUAGAAGUUGUGUAUGGAGGUUGAGGCAC